AUGGGCCCGUCCCCGGACCGGCUGGGAUCGACACCCCGGCCAGGAGCACCCGGGCUCCGGUCGACGGCAUCGCUGCUAUGCAUCUCCUCCAUCCUGUCCAUGCUCGUGGCCCCGGCAGUCGCGCAGCAAGACCCGGUCAACAACUUCUGCAGACGUUUCGGACACCAGACGGCCGUGGUCGACAACAAACUCUACAUCGAUGGCGGGAUCAUCAACUGGAACAUGAUCGAGUCCCCGAGUAACUAUUCAAACCCAUACCUCCUCUACCAAGACCUCUCCGUAUCGGCACCCAACGUGGGCAUGCCCCCCCUCUACGCAAACCUCUCCAAGAACGGCACGAUCCCCUACACCAACGGCGGCGCCCUCUGGUCCGACAGCGUCAACAAGCGCCUCUACCUCUUCGGCGGCGAGCACAACGGCGAGCCCCCGUCCCCCUUCAACCUCUGGUCCUACGACAUCAUCAACAACCAGUGGGACUCCUUCGGCACCCCGCGCUCCGGUGUCGGCAUCUCCAAGGUCAGCUACGGCGCCGGCGUCUCGGUCGACGCGAGGGGGGAAGCCUACUACUACGGCGGCUGGCUCAGCAACGCCUCCGUCCAGAACUGGGGCGCCACGCCCCCGAUCGCCACCAACGGCCUCGUGAAAUACACCAUGGACUCCAACAGCUGGUCCAACAACACGGGCCCGGACAGCGUCCGCAGGGCCGAGGGCAGCCUGCACUACAUCCCGGCCGGGAGCGGCGGGAUGCUGGUUUACUUUGGGGGUCUCCAGGAUCCCGGGAACAACGGCACGAUGCAGGGACAGCCGAUGGACACCAUUUUCCUUUACGACAUCUUGAGCAGCAGGUGGUACACGCAGACGGCAACCGGUCAAAUCCCCGAGAUGAGGCGGCGUUUCUGCGCCGGGGCGACGUGGGCUGAGGAUCAGUCGUCCUACAACAUCUACAUGUACGGCGGCGCAACGGUCCCCGGCGUCCUCGGCGCGGGCUACGACGACGUCUACGUCCUCUCCUUGCCAACCUUUACCUGGGUGAAGCAGUACCCCGCCACAAACGGCACGGGCUCGAACCCUCACCACUCACUCUCCUGCAACAUCGUCCCCGGCCGCGCGCAAAUGAUCAUCAUCGGCGGCACGUUCCCGGCCUCGGACGAGUGCGACUACCCCGUGCAGUGGGGCACCCACAACGUCGACCUCGGGCGGCAGAACAAGAACAAGAGCAUCUGGGAGCUGUACUCGCCCAACAAGACGUCGUACUCGGUCCCGGACGACAUCAUCGCCGUGGUCGGCGGCAAUGGCAACGGCGGCGCGUCCAAGACCGCGCCGGCCAACGGGUGGAACCAGAACGACCUGGGUCUGAUGAUGGCCCAGACGGCGGAUAUCUCGGUCCGCACGCCGACGCGCAUGGUCUCACCCGCUGCGACGUCCACCGGCCGCGUGGGGACCUUCGUGACCGGCGCCAUCGUGGGCAUCGCCAUCGGCGCCGCGGCCGUCAUCGUCCUCUUCGCCCUGGCCUGCUUCUGCCUCGUCCGCAGACGCCGCCGCAUCAACCGGUACCACACCCCACGGGCACCGCGCCCGGGACACCCGUACCACACGCAGAGCAUGUCGGAAGCGUGGUCGCCGCCGCCCAUGACGCACAUGAGCCCCGUGGCGUCGCCGUACUCCCCGCCGUACGGCCACUCCCCCUUCACGCCGCCCCCGCCUCCCAUGUCCCCUCCGCCGCAGUCCGCGCAGACGGUGCCCCCGCACAUGGGCCCGCCCGUCGAGCUCCCCUCCGAGUCGCCCGGCCCGCCGACGAUAUCGACGGUGACGCCGGCGCCGGCGCCCUCGGGCCACGUAUCCUCGGGGGCCACGACGAUGGCGGCGCCCUCGAUGGCGCCGUCCUCGAUGACGCAGACCUCGGGGGUGAUGUACCCGCCGCAGCAGGCCUACUUCCCGGACCCGGCGACGCUCUCGAACCAGGUGCAGAUCGACGCCAACGGCAACAUGUGGGUGCCGCAGGUGAGCAUGGUGCAGGUGGCGACGGGAGGGGGCAGCCAGCACGGGACGCCGCCGGUGUACACGCCGCCGAUGGGGGACCGCAAGUCGCCGCUGCCGGGGAGGGACCAGCACCCGACGCCGCCCGUGGUGGAGGUGCAGCCGACGCCGCCGGCGGAGCUGCCGUCCUCGCCGCAGGAGCUGAGCGCGGAGGGGCCGGACGAUCGGGGGGCGGACGGGCAGCGGGGGUCAAAACACCAGACGUUUUACAACAAGUGA